CCUGAUGAACGUAAAAGAAAUAUCAAGAAAUUCCGUGAGUGGUAUUCUAGUAAGUCAUAAUAUGUUAAUAUAUAGUAGUACGCUGACCCACACACGCAUACACACACACACACUAGAAUCCCAUACUUUAAACAUAAAAUCGUGUCACAGUAUCAGUAUAUUAUCUUCAUUAAUUUUGUCUUUGCAUGUAUAUCUCUGUUUAUCUCUCUUCAUCGCCCUACCUGUCUUCCUCUCUCUCUCUCUCUCUCUCUCUCUCUCUCUCUCUCUCUCUCUCUCUCUCUCUCUCUCUCUCUCUCUCUCUCUCUCUCUCUCUCUCUCUCUCUCACAUAAUCAAUUAAUUUUUGCAAGUACAUCAUUUCUUGUUCGUGUGUAUUUAUUUAUUAAUUUAUUGCGGGUCAAUACAGAUUCUCCACGGGUGGUGAUAUCCUCAGGGAAACACACGAGAGUAGAGCUGGGGAAACUGCUCAUAUUACGCUGUUCCGCUGACAGUAACCCAGCCAUCACUACAUUUGAGUGGACUCGCGGCUCGACACGUGUAGCUGUUGGUUCUGUGUUACAGAUUUCUGCGUUCCGAGACUCUGACCAAGGAGAGUACACAUGUUCAGCGACAACUGUGUCUGCUAGAUAUGGUUCUCUGAGAGGCUCAGCAAGUGUUAUUGUCACUGUUCGGGAAGCAGCUCCUGGCUCGUGUUACUGCACGGAUCAGUCAGAGACCAGCGUGGAUUUGGAGUGGAAUUACGACAGAACCGACAAAUCGAACACGUUCUCUGUUGAGCAGCGUCUCUCAAAGAAAACACGCUGGGAUCUCGUGUCCAUGUUAACUACUCAGAGAGACAACAACACGUUUACUUUACAUGUUGAUCACUUGCAAUCCAAUUCUUCAUACUACUAUAAAAUAUUCUCUUCAUCUAACAAAGACGACAGCAGUUUCUGUUUGACAACAUGCAGAACACUGCCCGUUUCCAAAAACCACGAGACUGUUUUAUAAUCGUCUACGUCUGGACUAGGAGUGGGAGUCGCUGUUGGACUUGUAGUAGGAUUGGUUGUCACCAGUGUCGCUGCCGUGCUCAUCAAUCUCAUCUUGCUGAGAACAGGUUUCCUAGUUAGAUCGGAAUCUAAACGCCAGAAGGAAAGGAGCGUUUAUCAAGACAUCACAAUGGACACAGUUCAACAAACUUCUGGUUCAGGCACUACAAGGAUGCCAAAUGAAUCGAUCAACACAUACGACAGUUUACAAUCCCAUGAUGCAACUCCUUAUGAAAAACUGAAUGCAUACGGGAAUCUGCCUUCGUCGGGAGCAAUGCUGGAGGACACGACCAAGUAAAGGACGUAUGUACGUUUACAACACAAAUAAGCGUGCAGGGGUUACUUAGAAACCAAAGCAUCUGAUGGCCGAGAGACAUCAACACUGGAGGAUUCUGUAAAGUAUGAUGUGACUUCAACAAAACAGGAACGCUUGUGGUAGUGAAAUUAAUCAAUGACAAACAUGUUGUGUUGGCUCUGGUCAUGACGAUGCACCUACAUAACCAUUCCUGACUUUAUUCCUACGUCUCCUAUUAGUACGUAGAACGUUAACUCGUCAUGUUGAUAAGGAAUCUGAAUUUUGAAAACUCGAAAGUAUUCUUUUUGCCAUCAUGCAUUAUUGUUUUAUUUAGUAUGAAACUUGUUUGUGUGUUGCUACAUGCUGAUGAUCUGGGCCCGUGCUUAUAAAACAUUUAGAGUCCAGACUCAAUCUUUAAUGACGUCACACGCAUGCAAUUUGUAUGGCGUUGCCAUGACGUUACUGUCUCAGACUCUAUUAGAGUCUCGAGUCUAGACUCUAAAUGUUUUAUAAGCACUAGGCCUGGUACUAUUGGCCUAAACUGAGUCGGACUUGCAAGUUGUGCUGGAUUGUCUUAAUGUAUGGUGUAAGAAAAACAAAAUGGUGAUUAAUGUUGGCAAAUCUUGUUCAUUUCCGGAAUCCGUUUGUGAACAGAACGUUAACUGUUUUCAAAUGAGGAGAGUGUGCGUUAAGUCGUAUUCACAAAGCACAUUCUUUUCUCACUUUGCCAGCACGCAAACAUUACCUUAUGGGGAAAAGAAGGGCAAUAAAUGCCUGAAAUAUGACUUAAUUAACCAUAAACUAGCUCUCUCUCUCUCUCUCUCUCUCUCUCUCUCUCUCUCUCUCUCUCUCUCUCUCUCUCUCUCUCUCUCUCUCUCUCUCUCUCUCUCUCUCUCGCCCAAGAUGGAUGGAAAUCUAAUUUACACGUUUGUACGUGUGUUUUACAUUUGUAACACAGUAUACAGCUUCUUGAAAGUCUCUAGUUAAUAGUUUUAUAUUUAUUAAGC